UCUGUGUAAUUUUGUGUAAAUUUGCAAAAUAAUUUAUGUACAGCGUGGAGAAAUGCUUAAAUAGUUACUAAACACUUAAAUUUGCAGCUAUUGUUCGUAUUAAUAGCAAAAUAUUAAUAUGGACAAAUCUAUUUUGAAUCAGUUCACUUCCUAUGUUGAGCAGCUACGCAAUACGGAAUGCAGUCAAAAAGAGAAGAUAACGUACUUCCAACAUAUUGCCGAGUGCAUUAUGUCGCCGGGGCUGGCGGGUCACAUAAAUUAUGCCACCCACAUAAAUACGGCGACAACUGUGUUGCUGCUGUUUUGUGAAGAUCUGGAUCCUGUGGUGCGCAUGAAUGCGGAGGAAAAUCUGAAUCGCAUAUUUCGUGCGUUGGAAAAAACACGUGUCAGUCGCAUACUAAUGGAUUUGUACGGCGAAAUAAAACGCAAUGGCAACCAACGUUCGUUGCGCAUCUGUUUGAACUUAUUUGCCUACUAUUCCCCGCAAAUAAGAGAACGCAAUAUUAAAUGGUAUGCUGUACGUUUAUUGCCUUGCUUGCAAACCAUAGCGCAACGUAAGGAGACACAGCUUUGCGAAACGUUAUGUGAAUUUGUGAAAAAUUUUGGAAAAUAUUUGCAAAUGGGGCUGACGGACAGUGAAUCCUGUAAGCUGUUUGAGUCUUCCAUGGCAAAUAUUGGCGUCGAGUGCGCGGUGAAACGUCGCUGCUCUGCGCAAAAUUGCAUCAGUCUAAUUGAAAAUUCGCGCAAUAAGAGUUUGAUGGCCAAACAUGGACUAAGCAAGGCAUUUGAAUUUCUACUUGUCGACCAGCAACAACACAACGUGGUCGGUGUGCUCGGCUUCCUGCGCUUGCUGCUGCCAUUAAUCAUACAUGGAUUCAGCACUGAUUGUUUGGACGAUUGCGAUGAUGGCCACAGCACACAAGCAGCACACGCCGGAGUCAAUAAAGGCAAGGCACACAACACACGACCGACACCGACGAUGACGACGACGACGACGACGACGACGAAGACAGGCGCCGGAGCAGGCGGUGCGCACACAACACAAGCCACUACAACAAUGACAACAACAACUGCAAAGCCAAUCAACACUGAGUGCAGGCAAAUUAUUGAAAUUUUCGAUUAUUGUUUGCAUUUGUUGAACAUCAGCAGUGCUUCUCAGCAUUCCAUCAUAAAUGCCGCACUUGAGGUCAUCAAUGCAGUGCUGCAGGCACUCGAUGCUGCUGCUGCUGCUGCUGGCAACAACAAUAGCCACCAAGGUAACGACAAUGGCAACAACAAUGAUAUUUUAAAAUGUUUGCAAGCAGCAUUGUGUAAUCAACAAUUGCAACAUGCCGAGUAUCUGCGGCGAAGGAAAUCAUUAAAGAAUCAAAUAUUCCAAUUGAGAAAUUACGAGGCGGCUGCCGCAGCAACGAUGGUGGUGCCGACACCUGCGUGGCAGCAGCAGCGGCGUGGCGUUGCAGACGAUUUCCAUGAAUUGACUGGAAAAGACGUUGAUGACAGCGAAGGUGAAGUUGUAUUGCGUCGAGCACCGAAUAUGCGCUUUACCGGGCGCAGCGUCAGUGAAUGUGUUAUUGACGAAGAUGAUGAUGAGACGCAUAGAACCGCAUUGUCAACAGAUUUAGUUGCCGUUGCGCAUACUGAUGUCGAUGCCGAUGCCGUUGGAAGAGCUAUCUAUGCCGAUGGCGUUGUUGGUGUGCUUGUCGAUGUGGAUGACGAUGACUUUACAACACUUUCGGAAAUAAAUGAACCACAACAGCUUAGGGCGUCGACAGCAGUUGCGAUGGUGCCGCCAUCCUAUGCACUCACAACGACAAUUGACGUUGAUAAUCUGAUUGAUGCAAUUGACGCGACAACAACAACGGCAACGGCAACGGCGAGGACGACGGAGGCCGCCACAAGCAGCAGCACCGGCACCAGCUGCGGCACUGGCAAUCGCAAUCGCACUAAUAUUGGCGCUGUGCAAACAAAAAUUCAAGGCAUGCAACCGCAAAACGAACAUCAACAGCAGCAACAGCAACAACAACAACAACAAGGGCACAACGAGCUGCAAUCUCUCGAAAGACAGGUAGAGCCGCAAAAUUUGCUUACUGCUCCCUCGCAAAUUGGUGCUGUCGGCUUCGGAGGUGCUGGCGUUGCUGGUGUUGGCGGCGUUGAUGCGGGUGGCAGCGGCAGCGGCAGCGGUGAUGACAAAUCACAACAUUUGAGUGACAUCGACAAUGAAUCCUUCAAUAGCAUUGAUUUUGAGGCGGAAAUCACCAUAGCAGGCAUGACGACGGGCGGCAUGGGCGCGGCGGGCACCGGUGCGUUUGGAUCGCCCACAAAAAGCAAUGCGGAGCUAACAACUGCAACAACAAUAAGCGGUAUAAGCGGUGAUACGGCGCCUGCUGGUGCGGCUGCAGCCGGCGACAACGCUGCCGGCAACAAAUUGAGCAGCAGCGGUGACACAAUUGGCUCGUUCUUCAACAAUUUGAUUUCGAAUGCAGCUUCCGAAUCGAUGAGCAAACUUUUUCGGCCAUCUUCAGUCUCACGUGCCACACCCACCAAAAGCGUGCCGCCCACCGCAAGCGAUAAAGUUGAUGUCGUGUCCACCGCGUCGGAGGCGACCAGCACAGCACCAGCGGAUAGCAUUUCAUUGAUAUCGACGGCGAGCAGUGGCAAUAAAGCGCUGGAUACGGGUAACUCUGCCGCAGCCGAUCCGCAAUCCGACUCCGUGCGCACAUAUACACACUCGAUUGCCAGCUCCUCUUUGGGCAUGCAUGACGACACGGUGUCCACGGCUUUGUUGGUGGACACAAGUUUGCAUAGCGCCAGCGAAUAUGACACGGAACGAGCGGCUGCACAGGCUGAACCGAUGGGCAGGGAGCGACGCGUGCCAAAUGCAAAUCCCUUCUUGAACGAGAAAACUUUAAUAGAACAGCCGGUUUUGGGUCAACUAUCGCAGCUCACCCUAAAAAUAGGCACACCCUUCGAACAAUCCAUUGUACGGUAUACGGCGCGCUUGAUAGCUGCGCGUUUCCUGCUUGCUGGGCAAGCAAGCGCUUUGCUGAAUGACACGCAAAUACGCAUCUCCAUCAAGAGUCUUUCGCUGUCGGUGCUGGCGCAUUGCGUACGCUUCGAUCCGGAGGUGUUGCAACUACCUUUGGAGAUCACCGCGCGUGAGCUGCUGGAUGUGAGUAAGCAGUCGCCUGCGCUCGCCGCCACGGCGGUCCUACCAACCUCGUCCAAAAGUUCGAGCGCCAGCGCCAGUCCGCAAAGCGAUGACAAUGUCAGCGGCAGCAGCUUGAACUUGGGCAAAGACUAUGAGCAUUUGGAUGCUGUGGACUUCAUUAAAAGCAGCAGCGCGCAACCCAUGUUGGCAACUGCCCCAGCGGCGCUUAAUGAUUUGCCCGCUGAAUUGCAGCUGCUCGAAAUCAAAGACGAUCAUUUCGGCAAAAGUACUUGUGAUUAUUUACUGCAUUCCACAACGGAGCUCAGCAAGAGCGCCGAUCCGGUGCUGAUGUCACAACAAAUGCGCGUCACGCCCGGCAAACCGGACACGCGGCACAUGCAACAGCCUUUAUCGAAGUCGGAAAUUAUAGCAUCGAAAACGUCGCAGAAGCAGCCAUCGCAGCGCACGCCAAAUCAGUCGCAGUCAUCGCCUUAUCGCGUCACCGAAUCCGUGGAGGAUGCGCCACCACAAAUGCUGCCACCACGUCCGCCUAAGCGCACGAAAUCGCAGCGCAAAUCGAUUGCAACCGCUACAGCCACAGUCACAGCUCUGAUGCAAAUUGAUGAGCAUUUCAGUAGACGACCUGCACCGGAAACACCUUCACAGCAGCCGCAACAAGUGACAGAUGUGCUGCUCUACUAUAAUCACAGCGAUCCGAUGUUGCGUGGUGGCGUACAGCAAAUUAUUGGUGGAUUUCUGCAAGCGAUGGGCGUGAAAGAUUUGGGCGUUAGCUUAAAGUUGAAUGUACAACAUCUAUUGGCGAUGCUUGUGAAGGGCCUGCAAGACGACAUACACACAGUGGUCAUACAGGCGUUGAAUGCAUUCGAGAAGAUAUUUCCGUAUGUGGUGUCCAAAUAUUUGAUAUUGCCGGCAGCGCAUCAUCAGCACAAGCAACAAAAACUGCAACAACAACAGCAGCAAACACAUGCCGGCAGCGCCGAGGCAGCUGAAGCAGUUGAUAAGAGUGGCCGGAAAUGCCAUGCUAAUGCCGCUGGCCAAGUGCCACAACAGCAAGAACAACAACAACACCAGCAGCCACAGCAGCGCACUAACGAUGCUACAAAAUCUGGCUUCCACACACACGUUGGCAGCAAAUCGCCGGCAAAUGCCACUGCUGCUAAGACAUGUCCUCGAACGCUUUUCAACGAUAAUGAUGCGCUUAUAGCUGCACUUUUGAAUGAUUUUCAAUUGCAAUCGAAAUCGAAUCGUAACGGCAGCGACAGCAACAGCAACAGCAACAACGACAACACCAACAACGACCAGCAUACAAAUGAUACGGCCACUCAGCCGCAGACGGCAGCCGUGGCAGGCAGCAGCAGCAGCAGCAGCAGUUGCAAUACAACUGAUCCACUUGCACAGCCACUUCCGCUUCCGUUGGCCGCUUUGCGCAUUUCACCGAAAUUGCUGUUGAGCAAACUUCGUCUAUGUCAUUACAACAAAUAUUGGUUAGUUCAAAAUAAAUACGCCGAAGUUAUUUCGAAUUUAAAUUAUGCUGCCUUACAUGCGGCAUGCAACGUUUGCCAUGGUCACUGUUGUGGCACGGCGAUUGGCUGUGCAUGUGCCAUUGGCGGCGGCGGUGCUGAAGUGCUGGAAGACGCCGCCGCCGUUGCUGUGAGUGGCGGCUGUGACGUCUUCGUUGCUGAUAACAAUACCGUUAAUGCCACAUUGCCUGUCGGCGGUGGCACUACCACGGCGUAUGCGUGUGCGGAGGAUAUGUCAUACAAGGAUUUGGACGAUAGUGUCUGCAUUUACGAGUCCCAAUUUUUGGAUGAACUUUUGCAAUUGAUCGGCAACGAUGAUUUCCGUGUCAGAGAAAACGCCGCGCUUUGCCUCGGCCGCUUCAUCAUGGAAAAUGCAAAAUACAAACAACAACAACAACUACAUUAUAACAAUCAAACCUACAACUCGUCGAAUAAAAUUGAAAAUUCGGGCGUUGCGCCUUUCGGUUUUGGUUUUGAUGUUGCUGCUGCUGCUAGUCAUGCCGCGGGCGCUGUUGCGUCUGGUGACGACAAAUCGCUCUCGCCGUCCACCUAUGAGACUAAUUUCAAUUUGCUGUGGGAUUUUUUCGACUAUCGUCUGUUUAGCGGUCUGCCAUUGCCGUUACGUAAUUUAUUCAGAGCCACGUCAUCGCCAACAUUGCCGGCGUCGACAACUGCCACAGAAGUCACAACAGCGGCGGCGUCGUUGUCACUCGAUAGUAACGGUGAUUUUUACGGCGCGCUACCGCAACGGCAUCGUGCGGAGGAGCAGAAAUUGUUGGCCAAAGUUUUGUAUCGCAUGACAAAUAAACUGAUGGUGCUCGAUGAUAAAAAUGCACAGUUCGGCAUAAUUUACACAUUGAAAAUGUUGCUACAAGAUUUUAAUUUCAUUGAUUACCAGCGUGCAUGGACGGAAUUUAAUUUCAUUGAAAUCUGCCAGAGAUUCUCCUACCACAAUUAUGCCACGGCCGUGGACUUGGCUUGUCAGAAUGAUUUGAUUGAUGUUACCGGCAAACUAAUGGCAGGUUACAUGUUGGCUUCCACGUUAACCGCUGAUCAACCGGAACGCUCGCUGCAAUUACAAUUGGAACAACUGUUGGUGCAUGUCAUGAAGAUACUCAACAUCUACUAUCAUUUGAUUACGCAACAAAAGCCCCAACUAUUUGUGAAAGUGCAGAAAAGCGAUCUGUUCGCCAAUGCGAAGGAAUUGGCGCUGGUGCAGAGCGUCGGAUAUUUCGGCAGCGAUUACAUUUAUAUAAAACUUUACAACAUUUUAAGAAGUGCUAAUGACAGCUACAAGAUUACGAUAAAUCAAGAAUCCGGCAGGUUAUUAAUUUCGCUACUCCGGACGUGCCUCAACACUUUGGGCUUGUGCAUUGAAUUGCGCGCACACACCGCACCAACACCAACACCCGCCGGCACGCCCACCGGCCAUACGCCCAGCCAUGGACGACAGCGCGGCCAYAGCCCCGGCAGCAGUGGCGCGGACACGACGUCCAACACUGGAACUGGAGCUGCUACGGCAGUCUUCCCCACCAACGCCACUCUAAAAUUAAUUGAAGAAAUUCUCCAGCUUUUCCUCAAAUCGAAUGCACGUGUYCAGGCGCCCAUWUUGGAGUUGYUGUCGCAGUUGCUGGAACUCAAUGUCACUUACAUGCUGAACGAGAGCUUGACGUUCGAAUGGAGUUUUACGAAUAUGUGCAAAAAUAGAGUAAGACUUUGUUCAUUAUUUAAANGCCAAAAUUAUGGCAACCAGCAGCGAGACUAUUAUGCCACAUUCAUAAGGCCGUAUUUUGUGGUGCGCAGCAAAGGACAACAGCUGCAACUACACCUACAGCAACAGCAACAGCAACAGCAGCAGCAGCGAAGUCCGCACAAACAACAAACAACAAAGUGGCCAACAUACAACAAACAACAACAGCAACACGCGCAGCAGGGAAGUAGCCGUAGAGGAAGCAACAGCAGCAGCAGCAGUAAGUUCACGCAAGCCAGUGGCGAUCACCAGCAGGCAAUGACUAUGUUGCAUGCCAUAAAUUCCGCUGYUGCAACAGCUUUGGCUUCCACCGUCGCAGCUGUAGGAGUUCCGAGAUCAAUGGCAACAACAAGUGAUGGCUCAACCAACGCGCUCAAGGGCGCGGCAGGCRUUGGUUUGUCGACCCCGACAAUGACUACGUCAACUGUCAGACACAAUGAGCCAAAUGUAAUUGGUGCACAAGCGCAAGCGACUUAUGCCAACCGUGGUCAGGCGCUCAUUGACUCCGGUCAUGCCAGUGGCGUUGUGAGUGUGGCAGCUGUUGCAGCUAGUGGCGACGACCACAAUCAACCGCACUUGUCGGCUACAGAGUAUUAUCGUUUGAUGGGCGAAUUAUUUGCGAGCGGCCUAAAUUUGCAAGCUGCCAAGUCGGAGCGUGCCGGCGACUGUGUAAAGCAUAUUAAACUGUUUGAGCCGCUGGUAAUCUAUUGUCUCAUGCUUUUCCUCAAAUCGAAUGCACGUGUYCAGGCGCCCAUWUUGGAGUUGYUGUCGCAGUUGCUGGAACUCAAUGUCACUUACAGUGUGUUGGACUCGAAAAAUGUAAUAUUUGAUCAGAUUUUAAACAAUUUGGAUUUAAUUGAAAAUGGCAUCGUCAG